AUGGUGGCUGGUCGGUCUCUCCAACGGACGGAUAGAAGCUGGGUCGCAUGGCAGGGACAACAGCAAGCAGCGGACGUGGGGACGUGCGCGGAUGGUGGGACAGCGACGAGCGCGUGGGCGGUCCGGCUCUGGUGCGGCGGCGACGGUGGAAGUUUGUUUUGCUUACUGCAGAGGAACACAGCCAAGUUGGAUUGGAGACGCCGUGUUCAUAUGGCUUUGGAUGUGGUGAGUGAUUUUGGUCUGUCACGUCUGAAAUCUAAAGCAUAUCUCACAGUAAAAACUGGGAAGGGAACGCCUCAAUGGAUGGCACCGGAAGUUCUCCGUAAUGAAGCCUCAGACGAGAAAUCUGAUGUGUACAGUUAUGGAGUGGUCUUAUGGGAAAUUGCCACCCAGAAGAUCCCGUGGGAUAAUCUCAAUGCAGUGCAGGUAAUUGGUGCUGUGGGCUUUAUAAAUCAGCGGCUAGAUAUCCCUCAUGAUGUUGAUCCACAGUGGGCAUCUAUAAUUGAGAGCUGUUGGCACAGUGAUCCAAAGUGCCGAUCGACGUUUUAGGAAAUACUGGAAAGAUUCCAAGAUUUGCAGAGACAGAACGCACUUCAAUUCCAGGCUUCCCGCUCUGCUGCCGGCGACAGCACUCCAAGGGAAACGUGAACCAUCCGAUGCAUCAAGAGGAUUUGUCUAUUCAUUACAUUGGUGAACAGUCCAAGCAAACCUGGCUAUUUGCCAGGAAGUUGAUGUUGCCAACCAAUCUCGGUUCGCUUUGCUGCUUCUGGACCAUGAAAUUUGGCGACCAUAUUUUUGGGACCAUUUUGAGAGG